AUGCCGUCUAUUAAAGUCGCAUUGCCAAUCCAGGGAAAGGUCUAUCCGAAAGGGAUAAAACUUGCUCUAAUCAUGGGCUCAUCAUACUUGACCAUGUUCUUGGUAGCACUUGACCGACUCAUCGUUACGACUGCAAUACCGAAAAUAACGGACGAAUUCCACUCGGUGACGGACGUCGGACGGUACGGAUCAGCCUAUCUCCUUACGAACUGCGCAUUCCAACUUUUCUUCGGCAAGCUCUACGUUAUAUCUAGUAUCAAAGCUGUCUUUCUCGCAAGUAUUUUGACGUUUGAAAUUAACUCCGCGGUAUGUGGUGCUGCACCUAACUCGGCCGCCUUGAUCAUCGGACGUGCUAUCGCGGGGUUAGGAAGCGCGGGUAUCUUCUCAGGGGCGGUAACAGUUACGGUGUACUCUGUCCCACUUCACCGGCGCCCGUUUUACCAGGGGCUUUUCGGUGUCGUCUUCGGGCUUGCGAAUGUAAUAUCCCCUCUGUUAGGGGGCGCGUUUACCGACAGUUAUGCUACUUGGAGAUGGUGUUUUUACAUUAACUUGCCUAUUGGAGCUUUCUCAAUGGUAUUCAUCUUCCUUUUAUUGCAUAUUCCCGACCGAGAUACGACACGCCUCCCUGUGAAAGAAAAGCUGGCUAAACUCGAUGGCCCGGGUCUUGUCACACUCCUCGGCGGAAUCAUAUGUCUCUUACUCGCGCUUGAAUGGGGAGGUACGACUUAUUCUUGGGAUAAUGGCCGAAUCAUUGCGCCCCUUGUAAUUGUCAUCGUUCUAUUGAUAUCCUUCGUCAUUAUACAGAUCAUCUGGCCGAAGACCGCUACUGUGCCACCCCGCAUUUUCAUCCAACGCAGUAUCAUGGCGUCUUUCUUUGCCAUGUUCACCGCCGGUGCGACGAUGAUGACCACUUUCUAUUAUCUCCCUAUCUGGUUCCAGGGUGUUCAAGGUGUGAGCGCCGUUGAGUCUGGUAUCAGACUUCUCCCAACAGUAAUUGGCCAGGCUGUCGGAUCUCUUGCAGGUGGUGUCGCAAUCCAGAAAUUCGAAUAUUACACGCCCUUCAUGCUGUUAAGUGUCGCAUUGAUGUGCGUGGGGACCGGCCUCCUUACCACACUUCAUGUCGAUACGUCGGAAGGCAAGUGGAUUGCUCCGCUCCUCGCCUCGCAAACUGUGCUGCCCCUUGAAGAUGUUCCUAUCGGUACAUCGCUGAUGUUCUUCGCGCUAUUAUUAGGCGGUUCUAUCUUCGUUAGUGUUGGACAGAUUCUUUUCGACAAUUACUUUGUCAAGGAUUUGGCAGGCAUAACGGGCGUCAAUGUGGCUACGAUACUCCAAACAGGGGGGCUCGUGGUCGCGGCUUAUAAUGACGCUCUGAGGACUGUUUUUAUCACGGGUUUGGUUAUGGCGUGUUUGACGUUUCUUGGCGCUGCGGGUAUGGGAUGGAAGAGUGUUAAGAGGGGUUCGCCCAAGGCUGAUGCCGACAGUCAAAGCGGUACUGUUAUUGAAAAGACUAGCUAA